ACGAACAAUUUUUUGAAAUGAUAAAAUAAUCCGUUUGACUUUUUGAUUGUCAUUAGACGACAAAAUAUUCAUCAAAGUCAUCGUUAUCGAUGUGUCUAUAUUACUCAUGACAAUUUUUAUCAUACGGAUGUUGGGUAGUUUUACAGACAAAAAUUAAUUACUGAAAUGUAAAUAUCACUACUGCAAGCAUGAUAAAAAUAUUUCCUUAAAAAAAAUCCAUAAAUAGACAAGAAAUUUACGUCUCUUUAGAAUCGAAACCCAACCUUCGAACAGUGAAUAACAACUCACAAUGAUGCUGCGACCGAUUCUUCUUUUGUUCACUACUUUGGUGCUACUGACCGAAGCUGCAUCUCACCAUUCAAAACAUGACUCUGGACUGGAUUUUAGUGAUAUCAAUAAAGAUUUCGAUAUCGAUUUAAAAGAAUUUGAAAAGGAAAUGAAAAAAACCUACGAAGAGGAAUUGUUACCGUUAUUUGAAAAUGCUUUUCAAUUUAUUAAAACGUUUUUCGAUUACGUGCAUGAAGCUGCGCGUAAUGAUCACGAAGAUCCUCGACCUACCCUAUACUUUGAUUAUCAUAUUAAUCGCUUCAAGUACGCACAACCAGGACAAUUAAGCAAAGCUGAAGAAAUAGAAAAUUUGGUAGGCUUGAAAUUUUUAUUCACUUAUAUGAAGGAUGACAUUCUUCGCAAAAUUAAAGAUAAAAACAUGCAAAAAAAAUUCGACAAGAUGAUCGGUGCAUUCAAUCCAACUGAAGCUAAAUUUAUUGAACUUUGGCAGACGCUUUAUGUUCUUCAAAAUGGAUUUUUAAAAACAACUACUGAAAAUUUUACAAAUAAUAUGUUUUUUCACCCAACGAACCGUGUUAAUGGCCUCUAAAUCAUGCAACUGUUAAUGUUCGUACUGAAUGAACAGUUAAUAUAACGGUACAUCAAAGGUCCUUUAAGGUUGUUAAUCGACCAAGAACAACCACAAAUAUAAAAUAAUUUAUAUUUAGGUGACCUCUUAAAGAUAAAUUAUAAAAUUUUUAAAUUGUGAUCUGUCCCUUAUGUAAGUACAUAAGUCAAAAAAACUUUAACGAAUAACUUUUGAUGUACCGUUAUUUUAUUACAUUUAUAAUUAUAGAAGGUAAAUCAUCCUGCCGAACGGUA